UAUCAUAUAAUAAGUAAAAAGAAAGUGUAAGAGACGAUUUUCUUUUGCUUCAAAAACCUGAAUUUUUUUUGGUUUGAAGCAUAUCAACAACCUCAAUCAUGUUAGACUAAAAGUUCUAAAGAUCGAGUAAUUUCUUCUCAGGUUUCUUUCACGCAAGCAAGAGUGUGACACGAGUCUUAAAGGUCACGUGAAUCCCUUUACCAGGUGUAGCCAAAACUGGACAAUGAAUAUAGGUUGAUUCAGUUUUGAAGACGAUAUAGAUGUGACGAAGGAAAGAAGGGAUUCUCCAUUACCAUAAAAAGGAGUGGAACUGAGAAAAAUGGAGACUACCGUGAGGAACAAGCAAGUCAUACUUAAGCAUUACACAAAGGGCUUCCCUGAAGAGUCUGAUCUAAUGAUAGCCACAGCUCUAGACACUAUGGAACUUAAGGUUAAGCCUGGAUCAUCAGCCAUUCUGGUGAAGAAUCUUUUCUUGUCUUGUGAUCCUUACAUGGGGACUUUCAUGAGAGAACCAGACUCCGGAUCAUCAGAGGUUGCUGUGGAAACUUUACCACUUUUGGAUGCUUUUCUCCCCGGCAAGCCCAUAGCUGGAGUUGGAGUGUCUGAGGUGAUAGAUUCCGAUGAUCCAGGUUUUGCAAAAGGAGAUUUUGUUUGGGGAAUCGUCGGUUGGGAAGAGUAUAGUACUGUUAACUCGUUUGGUAGAUUCAGAAUCGAUGUCAAUAUCGAUGUUCCUCUCUCUUACUACACUGGAAUACUAAGUGUGACAGGCUUGACUGCUUAUGCUGGCUUUUUCGAGAUAUGUUCACCUAAGAAAGGAGAGACAGUCUUUGUCUCUGCCGCUGCUGGUGCCGUUGGUCAUCUCGUGGGUCAGUUUGCUAAGUUGAUGGGCUGUUAUGUUGUCGGAAGUGCCGGAAGUAAACAAAAGGUUGAUCUCUUGCUAGACAAAUUUGGAUUUGACGAUGCAUUUAAUUACAAGGAAGAACCUGACCUUAAUGCCGCUUUAAAGAGGUGUUUACCACAAGGUAUUGACAUAUACUUCGAGAACGUGGGAGGCAAAAUGCUUGACUCGGUGCUAAUGAACAUGAACGUACAUGGACGCAUUGCCGUGUGCGGUAUGAUAUCUCAGUACCAUAUUGAAAGCAAAGAAGGUAUUCAAAAUCUACCGGUCGUCAUCUACAAGAGGAUCAAGAUGCAAGGGUUUCUAGCUCUUGACUUCGUUGACAGGUUCCCUAAGUUCUUGGAUUAUGUUGUUCCAUAUCUAAACGAAAGGAAGUUGGUAUAUAUUGAAGACAUUGUUGAAGGACUAGAGAAUGGUCCUGCUGCUCUUUUUCGACUCUUCCAGGGACAAAACAUUGGGAAGCAAUCAAUCAAAAGGGGGAAAAGGAUAAACCCUAAAUUCAAUUCCUCCGACGCACACUUCCUUUGGUUCUGCAGAGCGCCAUCGAUUCGAAUAGCUAUGGGGAUCCUGUCGUGGUUCACCGGAAGCCCUAAGCCUUCGCAACCGGAGACGACGAAGACGGAGAUAAUUCAGACGCCGGCUCCCGGGAUGAACGGAGCCAUCGAAGUUCCUCGUCCCGAUCGCGCGACGGUGUUCGAGUUCGGCUCCGUCGCGGCUACUGGAGACAGAGUCACUCUCGCUGGAUACUGUCCCGUUUCCGACGAUCUCGAACCUUGCCGCUGGGAGAUUGUCCCCGCCGACGGGAAAGACGCGCCGCAGUUUCGCGUCGUCUUCUGAAGAAGAAUCCAAGCGUUCAUCUCUUUCAACAGAGUGAGUUUCUAGAAGAUGUAAUUUGUUAAAUCUCGUAAUUGUAUUUGGUCUGGUUAUGUCAUGUCAAUGUACCAAUUUAAACCGAACAAGUUGAUGGAUGAUUUAAUCGAAACCGGUUUAAUGAAUAUCAUUUUGGGAUUCCACUAA